AUGAAAUUAGUAUCAUCAUACAAUCCAACUCUAAACAGAAUAGACGGAAAUCGACGAAAUUCGAAAAUGCAUCUUUGCAGUCUGAAAGUUGAAAAUACAUAUUCUUUCCUUCAUAAUUAUUAAUAUAUGAUAUAUAUAAUUUUUAAUAAGUAGAUUGCAUUCUAUAAUUUACGUUAUAUUAAUUUCUGAAAGUUUAAAUAUCACAGACGUAUAAAACUCUAUUUACUUUAUUCAUUUUUCCUAGGAAAAAAAAAAAAAAAAGAAACAACUAUUUCAGAAAGUUCUGUUUUCCCCUGAGAUCUGACUCACUGUUAACACCAAUUUCAACGCACGAUGAAAAAUUAACAUCUCGAAAUAGUCGAACCUAAAACCAGUCCAAUCAUAGUGCGAGACACGGCCUUUAAAACGCAUUUUGUUUCACGUCGAUAUCGUAAACGGUUGCCGAGAUACAGGGCCCGAAAUCCGCUUGGCCAACGUGUACACGGGGGGAGGAUGAAUGGGCCAGUCAUCGCUGUGACCUACAUCUUUUUCCUGGAAAUGCGUACGCGCGAUAGUAAAUAGUAAAAAAACUGCUGACUCGGCGUCUGCACUGACCAGCGCACAUGGCGCGGCCUCGCGGUAGGUCAGUGCACGCGGUGCGAGCGAGAGAGCCGAGCGCGCGACAAGAACAGACAUAGCGAGAUAUUAAAAAUUAUCGUUCGCUUCCGACGACGAUAUCUCGGCAACCGGAUGUCCGAUCGGCACGAAACGAAAACUGUCUCACAGAGGAAGGUUCCGCCCGUACGACAGUGUCGAUUUUGUCGGAGGAUUUUCAUCAAGUUCGUUAUUAUAACCGGUCACAUUUUGAGGAAUUUUAAUACGUAGAGCAGAUUUUUCGGGCAUGUCUUGUAUUUUAUAUAUUUUAAGUAUGUCGUGUGAGAAAAUUUUUUUUUAAUCUCGUUACAAUGAUAGAUGUAGUUUCGAGUAAUUUUGAUUCGGCUUGAGGGGACUUUAGAAGGAAUAAUUUAUUGUAUUUUGCAUUUUAUAGUUACGGGAGAACGUUUUGGUCUUUUUAAAAAAUUUUUGUUCAUUUCGGUGAUAAUUUUGAAUAAUUUUAAUAUAGACUGUUGAGAUGUUUAAGGGCUAAUGGGGAGGAAGAUAUAUUUGGUAUCAUUAGGUGUAUUUUAUAUUUUUAAUUAAGAACAAUCACUUUAAUGAUAGAACAUUACGAUUGGUACAACAAUUAUUUUCUUAGAAGAACUUACACCUGUAAACUGUUAAUCUUUUAAUCUAUUAAUCUUACAGAAGUUAUUUCUUUUAAUUAACAUUGUUUCAUUAUGUCUACUUCCCAUAUCUAAACUAUUCUUUAACUUUACACCAAGUGCUCCGAUUAUUUCAAAAUUCCUAGACAACUAGCCUCAUUAAAAUUCCACUUUCACCAUAUGAAAUUACAAUUUUCUCUUUCCAAACCCUAAAAUCUCACAUUUAGUCUAUCCUUUAAUCACUACUAAACCUUUCAAAAUUCCAGUUCCGCGGUUGUACCAGAGAAACUUGGAACUCUGGUAUAAAGCACAAGUCCCUAAAACUCCAAAUAAUCUAGUUCUCCCUCAGUCGAAAGAAUUGAACUAUCUAUCCUUUAAUCACUGCUAAACCUUCCAAUUAUUUCUAAAAAUUCCAUUUCCACAAUUGUACUAGAGAAAUUUUAGUGUAAAGCACAAGUCUCUGAAACUCCAAAUAUAGUUCUCCCUCAGUCGAAAGAAUUGAACUAUCUAUCCUUUAAUCACUGCUAAAACUUUGUCAAAUUUCCAAAAUUCCAGUUCCGCUGUUUGUACCAGAGGAACUUGGAACACUAGUAUAAAGCACAAGUCCCUCAAACUCCAAAUAAUAUAAUUGUCCCGAAAGAAUUAAACACGACAGAAGACGAUUUCUCUUUUCCAUCGAAAAAAAAAAAAAAAAAAAAAAAAAAAAACAAAACAGUGGUGCCGGACUCGACGACGCCUGGGCAAUCGGACCCGCUGGACCCCCUGAGCAGCCUAAUGUCGACGACACCGAGCCAAAGGUACCAGGACUACGUCUCUCCCAGGUCCCUGUCCACCGACUCGAGCACCACGGAGAGCCCCGUGCACGAGGAGCAAGGAUUCGGUCAAAAUUACGGCAACUACUUCCCAACGCCCGGCGUGCUGCCCAGCAUCCUCUAUUCCCAGCUGUACGGGAAUCAAUUUCAAAAUUCGGAGAGCCCCGAGCAGAGAGCAGUGGCUGACAGCUGCAACGUGAGACAAGAGGAAGUCAGGCCGGACAACAACGUCUGGAGGCCUUACUGA